AUGAAGGCCCUGAUUUUCCUGGCUUUGCUUGGAGCGGCAUAUGCUGCAGCUGAUGAUAAGAUUGUUGGUGGGUACGAGUGUCCCAGACACUCUGUUCCCUACCAGGUGUCUCUGAACGCUGGAUACCAUUUCUGCGGUGGAUCCCUCAUCUCCAGCCAGUGGGUGCUGUCUGCUGCUCACUGCUACAAGUCUCGUAUCCAGGUCCGUCUUGGCGAGCACAACAUUGCUGUGAAUGAGGGCACCGAGCAGUGGAUCGAUGGCGUCAGGAUGAUCAAGCACCCACAGUACAACAGCCACAACCUCGACAACGACAUCAUGCUGAUCAAACUGAGCCGCCCUGCAGCCCUCAACAACUACGUCCAGACCGUGGCUCUGCCCUCUCGCUGCCCACAGGCUGACGAGAACUGCCUGGUGUCCGGGUGGGGCAACACCUCCGCCAAUGGAAACAACUUCCCAGACAGGCUGCAGUGUCUGAGGCAGCCCAUCAUCGAUGACAGGAUCUGCAGGAACGCCUACCCCCACCUCUUCACCGAGAACAUGGUCUGCUCCGGAUUCAUGCAUGGGGGUGCCAGCAGCUGCCAAGGAGACUCUGGUGGUCCUCUGGUGUGUAACGGUCAGCUGCAGGGAGUCGUGUCCUGGGGUUACGACUGCGCCAUGAAGGGACACCCCAGCGUCUACGCCCGCGUGUGCCGCUUCAACAGCUGGAUCAGCAACACCAUGCGCAACAACUAAACACACACACACCCAUACAUCCCCAUGUGCACGCUGGCAUUUCAAAAUCAUACUCAGUGUUCAUCCUCAGUUUAUUUGGAACACCCCAU